UCUUUUCCCCUCGCCUCGCCGGCAGGAAGAAAGCUUCGAUCUUUUCCCCUCGCCUCGCCUCGCCGGCAGGAAAUCUCCAAAACCCUAGCCGUCGCCGACGAUGUGGCCGUUGCCCACGCCGCCUCCCCCUUCCUCUUCACCAUCAGAAUCGGAUGCAUCUCCCCUUCCCGUGCCCUCCCCUCCCCCACCAGCUGCAGCGUCCAGGGCCACCUCUCCACCACCAUCCGCAGCCGCCGCAAGCCGAUCCCCUCCCGUCCCCUGCACUCCACCGCCGGCCGCAGCCUCCACAGGCCGAUCCCCUCUAGUCCCCUGGACUCCACCGCCGGCCGCAGCCUCCACAAGCCGAUCCCCUCCCGUCCUGCCUCGCCGCACUUAUACACCAAUAAAUCUUCCAGACGAACGCCGCUACUGCAGUCGGCCACAGCCUCCACGUUGUGAGGACACUGAGCAGGCAGUGCGUAUUGAGGCCCCACCAUCGCCAAACCACUUUCCACCUGUUUCAGCAUUGAGGCCAACAAGAUUGCUAAUUAAGUAUUUUCUGAGGGUUGAUGCUGGUGGACUCUUCCACACAUAUCCUCAUCGAGGUGGUCCGUUUAAGACCUUACAAGAAGCUCAGGAUGCUAUAGACUCCUAUCACACUAAUCUGUGUAAAUUCAAGUACUUGGGUGGGCUUUCCAAUGAGGACAGGUUUGUUUGGGAUACACUAUAUUGGCGUAAUGGCACAAGGAAGAACUCAAAAGAAGCUUUGGAUGCAAUGAUGAACUAUAACCCCACUUGGGAAGUAGUCAAAGCUUUACUGGACAAGCACAAUGAGGACCAUCCUUUGGAGGAUCUUGCAUAUGAAAUCAAGGAAGUAGUGAGUUACAAAGAUCACUUCCCUAGAAAAGAUUCUCAGCAUGAAUGCAGGUCCUUCUCACAUUUAAAUGUGCUUGUAGAAAGAGGACCUAAUGCCAUCAAAGAUCUUCUCUUCAUUGAAAUGACCUGCACAACAGAUGGUGGAUUUGAGGAAUACGUGCUUAGUUGCAUUUCUGUGAUCUCAUCCGACGAUGAUGGUGAGUGCUGUGAAUGCGGUGAUGAUGUGAAGCAUCCCACUGGUGCGGAGUACAAAAAGGGUGAUGAUGUGAAGCAUCCCACUGGUGCGGAGUACAAAAAGGGUGUAGCCAAGGGUCGUGUUCAGUGCGGGAGGCCUAUAUCACGUGAAGAAUUUAACGAGUUUAUUGUUGUGCGUGACGAAGAUUGGCUGGAGGCGGAGGAGGCUAUGGUGAGGCACCAGUUCAGGACAUUCGACAUAGCAGAUGACCAUGGAGCGAGGGGGAAAUACAUCAUACCGGCAGAACGUGUGCAAGCAUAGAUGCAGAGUCGAUGGGGCCUAGUGCUUUGUUGUAUGCCAUUCUUGUCCUGCGUUUGUUUUUGGUACCUGUGAUGUUGAGUCAGUACUAUGUGUCUGAGUGUUUGGCUUGCUGAUGUAGAAGCCUCGUCUGGGUGUAGGAUAAGCUGGUACAGAAUCCUCGUUUAUGGUGUGGGAAUAAGCUGGCAAAACUAAACUGACCGUGUGCUUUGUUGGUGAUUUUGUGUUGUUUGGUAAA